AUGGCGUCCGGCGGCCAUAUGCACAAUUUCACCACCCUCAUCAAGCGGCUCGAGGCAGCAACCUCACGCUUGGAGGAUAUGGCAAUGGCAUUUGAUGGCCCUAGUGCGCCAAAGUCCUUGACUGGCUCUCCCUCUGUUCCUGCUGUUCCAGAACCCCCCAAGCCUUCCCCUCCUCCGCCCGCAGCCCCUGUGGCUCCCCCGGUCCCGCCGCAGAUCCAGGACUUCGAUGCAUUGAUCAAGGGAAAUGUUCAGAACUUUGUCAACUUGGGAGAGAAAAUCGGUGGAUUGGUUGCCGAACAAUCCAAAGCCGUACUUCAAGCCUUCCAAGCUGAACGCACCUAUCUUUUCGUUGUGACAAAGGCCAAGAAGCCUGACACCCAGCCUCCGGAGUUAAUGACGGAUCUGCACAAAGCUUCCGAUAGCAUUAACAACAUUCGCGAGUCAAACAGAGCUUCGCCGCUAUUCAACCACCUGAGCGCUGUUGCGGAGGGUAUCAUUGCGCUCGCUUGGUUCUUUGAAAGCAAGCCCGCGGAGUAUGUCACGGAUAUGAUCGGUGGCAUUGAAUAUUAUGGAAAUAAGGUGCUGAAGGAGUACAAGGACAAGGAUAAAGUACAUGUUGAAUACAUCAAAGCCUACUAUCAAAACUUCAAGGCUCUUGCCGAGUACCUCAAGAAACACUUCCCCCAGGGUCUGACCUGGAACAAUCAGUCUGGCAUUGAUGCCUUGGAAGCUUUGAAGCAGGCCAAGGGCGGACCUGCUCCAAUCAGCGGCGGUACCCCUCCUCCCCCUCCCCCUCCUCCCCCAGUCCCAGCCCUCAACGUCCCCGGUGGCGCCCCCGCAGCACCAGCAGCAGACAUGGGCGCUGUCUUCGACCAGCUCAACCAGGGCGAGGCUAUCACCUCCACCCUCCGCAAGGUCGACAAAUCGCAGAUGACACACAAGAACCCCAACCUGCGUGCCGGAUCAAUCGUUCCGGAGUACGAAGGCUCCAGCGCCAUUCGAGGCAAGUCGCCAGCACCUAGCAAAAAGCCCAAGCCCGAAAACAUGCGCGCGCGCAAGCCGCCCCGCAAAGAACUCGAGGGCAGCAAGUGGCUCAUUGAGAACUUUGAUAACCCUGGCGAGAUCAUCGAGAUCGCCGCACAGCAGAACCAGUCCAUCCUCAUUAGCCGCUGCAACAAAACGAUCAUCAAGGUCAACAACAAGGCUAAUGCUAUUGCCAUCGACAACUGUGUUGGUCUCUCUCUCAUUGUGGACUCUCUCGUUAGCAGUCUGGACAUCAUCAAGUGCCCCAAGUUCGCUGUGCAGAUCGACGGCACGGUCCCUACUCUGUUGAUGGAUCAGGUUGAUGGUGCUACCGUUUAUCUUGGCCAGCAGAGCCUCAACACCGAGAUCUUCACUAGCAAGUGCUCCGCUAUUAACAUCACCCUUCCGCCGCCGGAGGGCACUGAUGAAGAUACCAAGGAGUGCCCUCUGCCUGAGCAGUUCAAGAGCUACAUCAAGGACGGCGUACUGGUAAGCGAAAUCGUGGAGCAUGCUGGUUAA